CUAAACUAGACUAGAGUCAGUGGAGUAGAGCUAGACAUUCUAGCUGAUUAGUAUGAUUCUCUGUAGACUGUAGAUAUAUUAAUAAUUAAUAUAGAGUCUAUGAAAGUCUUUCUUAUAGUAUAAUCUAGAUCUAUGACUAGAUUGACUAGAUCUAUGAAUAGCCAUUGUUGUUAUAGUAUAGCCUCACAAUUAUAAUGACAAAAUUGGAUUUAUAAGCUGACAAAUGUCAUUCAAAAAUUGUUUAAAAGUUUAAGCAUAGAUUGCUUUCAGAAACUCUUAUCAUGGAUGAAAUGAGGCAUGACUUUACUAAUGAACUUAAAACUAUCCUAAAAAGUGAGAAGAUAGAUUGGUCAUUAGAAUCUGAAAUGACUGACGGCAGUUCCAUGUAUGAAACUUCUAAAUUACAUUUAGAAGAACAGACACAGAAAUCUGAAGAACAAAUUCAUUCAAUGCCAAUGAUAGAUGAGUUGAAACAAGACUUUACCAAUGAUCUAUGCAAUGUUAUGAAAAAUGAGAAGACAGAAAUGUCUUUCCUUCCAGAGACAUCUGGAUUCAGCUUCAUUCGUCAAACCUGGGAAUCAAUUUUAUCAGAGCAAAAAAUAUAUCCAAAUCAAGAUAUGGUUUCAAACCAAGAUAAACCUAGAAACUCUCCUAACAAAGAUUUGCAUGCUGGAAACUUUAAAGAUGAAGAACAAUAUAGUUCAAAUGAAAAUAGAACUCUCCAGCUGGUUUCUGCUGAAAAACAAUGCUCUACUUCAUCAAUCUCUAAGAACCAUAAAUUAAUGCAUUGCUUUAGAAAAACAUUUAAGUGUGACUUGUGUCAAAAACAAAUGUUUCAUAAAUCUAGUUUAAAAGCUCACCUAGCAUUUCAUUGUGGAAUAAAAAAAUUCAAAUGUCAAAUUUGUCAAAAAGAAUACACUUCCUCCUCAAAUUUAAAAAUGCACGAGAUGAUUCAUUCUGGUAAAAAGCCAUUUAAAUGUCAAAUUUGUCUAAAAGAAUUUACCCUAUCCUCUAGUUUAAAGCAGCAUGAAAAUAUUCAUUCUGGUAAAAAGCCAUUUAAAUGUCAAAUUUGUCUAAAAGAAUUCUCUGCCUCCUCUACUUUAAAAAAUCAUGAGAUGAUUCAUUCUGGUAAAAAGCCAUUUAAAUGUCAAAUUUGUAAAAAAGAAUAUACCAGGUUGUCUAAUUUAAAGCAGCAUGAAAAUGUUCAUUCUGGUAAAAAGCCAUUUAAAUGUCAAAUUUGUAAAAAAGAAUUUCAUCGAUCCUCUUAUUUAAAGCAGCAUGAACAUAUUCAUUCUGACAUAAUGCCAUUUAAAUGUCAAAUAUGUCUAAAAGAAUUCUCUUCCUCCUCUACUUUAAAAAGUCAUGAGAUGAUUCAUGGUGGUAAAAAGCCAUUUAAAUGUCAAAUUUGUAAAAAAGAAUUUACCAAAUCCUCUAAUUUAAAGCAGCAUGAAAAUAUUCAUUCUGGUAAAAAGCCAUUUAAAUGUCAAAUUUGUAAAAAAGAAUUUACCCUAUCCUCUAAUUUAAAGCAGCAUGAAAAUAUUCAUUCUAGUAAAAAGCCAUUUAAAUGUCAAAUUUGUAAAAAAGAAUUUACCCAUUCCAAUAGUUUAAAACGGCAUGAAAAUAUUCAUUCCGGUAAAAAGCCAUUUAAAUGCCAAAUUUGUCUAAAAGAAUUUUCUUUCUCCUCUAAUUUAAAAAGACAUGAGAUAAUUCAUUCAGGUAAAAAGCCAUUUAAAUGUCAAAUUUGUCUAAAAGAAUUCUUUGCCUCCUCUACUUUAAAAAGACAUGAGAUGAUUCAUAAGUGCUAAAAAGUCAUUUAAAUGUCAAAUUUGUAAAAAAGAAUUUACAUAAUCCUCGUAUUUAAAGCAGCAUGAAAAUAUUUAUUCUGUUAAAAAGCAAUUUAAAUGUCAAAUUUGUUUAAAAAGCAUGAGAUGAUUCAUAAGUGGUAAAAAGCCAUUUAAUUGUCAAAUUUGUAAAAAAAAAAAAAAAAAAAAAAAGAAUUUAGUCAAUCCUCUAAUUUAAAAGAGCAUGAAAUUAUUCAUUUUGAUGAAAAGCCAUUUUAAUGGCAAAUUUGUCAAAGCAAAUUCACUACAUCAUCAGCUUUAAAACAUCAUAAAGCAGCUGGUAUUUUGUGCCUGCCACAUGACACCCUCUUAACUGUGGGCCACAGAAACAGAUGCCCUUAACAUCAUCUGCCCUAUAGAUCAUAAAUUCUGACAUGGAACGAACAAGCUAUUUCAAUGCUUAAUUAGUCUAAAAUAAUUCACUCAUUCCUCAAAAUUAAAACAGCACAAGAUGAUUCAUUCAUUCUGGUGAAAAGCCAUUUGAAAGUAAAAUGUAAAAACAAAAUCAAUUUUUAAACAGCACCAGAUGAUUCAUUAUGCUAAAAUAUCAUUGUUCAAUUUGUGAAAAAAAAAUCACACAGUUCUCUAAUUUAAUGAAAACAUGAGGCUUCAUUUUGGUACAAAGCCAGUUACAUGAAAUUUUUCUCAAAAGAAACUCACUCAUUCCUCAUUUUUUUAACGGCAUGAGAUGAUUUACAUAUUUAUACACAUAAAAUGGCGAUUCUUUAGCAGAUAAGCUGUUUUGUGUACUUGAGUUUGCAAAAACAAUUUUCAUUGUCACAGGGCAGAAACUUUUUCUGUGUGGGCAUGUUAAAGACAAAGUUUUUAUUGUCAGUAAAUAUCAAUAGCAUGAAAGAUUGAGCAACAGCUGCUAACAACACAUAGGAAGGGGACAUCCUGAAGCUCUUUUGGGAGGAAUUUUCAAAUCAGCUUGAUGCUGUCCUGGUAGUGGUGGUCACAUUGAGCAGUUUGCACUAAAAACUUGAAGUUAUUUAAGAAAUUAGUGUCCUAUCAGGCAUCAUUUUUCUUUAGUUUUAAAUAUAGCACAAUGGUUUUGGCAUAUUUUUUUUGAAGCAUCAUGUGUGUAUAUAUACAGUUCAGGUGCAUUACAUUAAUGUGCACCUUAACUGAUAUUUAUUCAGAUUCAUCCAGAAUGGAUUAUUCCAAAUGUCACUUACAUUAUUUAAUUUUUGGGGGGGAUAAAACUAGUGAUUCUAAGACUGAGGAUACCAAACAUAUGCUUAUAGUCCAAAUAUUCAGAAAGCUUCACAUUUGUUCAAAUUUUUUUCUUUUUUUUUUUUGGCCUUCAUAAUCCAGUGUUUUUGAAGGCCAUUUCAAGAAUUUCUUAUAGACUCCCAAAGAUGAAAGAUAGCACUCUACUUGUUGUUUAGACUAAGACUUAGGUCCUCCCGGGCCUUUCGGAGCAUUGGGCGGUUAGCUUUCUCCAUAAAGAUCUGUCACUGGCAACUUGAUGUUUAAGUUGUCAUAAAAUGUUUUCAUUUUAUUUACUUGCUCUGAAUGGUGCAUCUGAUCAUUUUUAGCAUAUUUAAAAAAAAAACAACUCUCUGUUUGUCUAAAUGUGGGGUAUUAAAUAUCUACAAGAAUUAGUUAUGAUAAAUAAUACUUUAUUUCAAUAUUUUGAACAUUAAAUAACAUGCCAUGGUUUACUGUAACACAAAAAUAAUUAGGCUUGUCUUCAGGUCCGAAGAUUAAUGAGGAAUGCAGUAUUUCCUGUGGCUAUGCAGUCCCAGCUGUGACCUACAUAUUUUGCCAUUAUUCAUUUAGAAUAAUGAAAUGAAUAUGCGUCAAUAAUUACACAUUUUAUACCAGUAUCAUGUUUUAGAGAACUUUCUGGUCUUCCGAUAGAAUAUGAAGGACAUAUUAUUUGUUCACAAUAACAUGUAUUACAAACUAAUGUUAGUGAAAGAGACAUUCAAUUCAUAGUUUUACUUAGAUAAUUUUAGGCAUAAUGACCUGCAAAGCCAGUUAGCUCAAUACUGUUCUAUGAUUUAAGCCAGGCUUCUGUUUAAUAGUUUUCACAAUGAAAUCAAUUCUUUUCAAAUAAACAUGUAAACACUUGA